UUCAUCAUGGCGGCGCCCGGUCACUGAGGAAAACUAUUGUUUGGACUUUUUUUCUAACUUUCUAACACAAACUCCAACCCCAUACGUCGAUCACUAACCGGAAUACUUUCACCACAUACUGGAGUUAGCAGACCUAGAGGAACAUAUCGAUCACUACUACAACAGCUGCAAUAUGGACAACAACCCGCAGGAAUCAAAACCAAACAAACGGAGAAAAACCUCAUGGACAGAAUACUGCUCAACAAGGAGAGCCGAGGUGAAAGUGGCUGUAGCAAUGGUGCAACACGAUGUUUCCUUUGCAGUGGCUGACCAUUUCAGCCCCUUGUGGAGGGAAUGCUUCAAAGACUCUCCCACAGCUCAACAUUUCAAGAGUGCCAGCACAAAAACUACGUGCAUCAUUAAUCAUGCAGUUGCACCACAUUUUAGGAACGAGCUGGUGAUGAAGAUGAGGGAAAAUCCCUUUACACUAGUUACGGAUGGAUCAAAUGACACAGGACUAGAGAAGAUGAACCCCUUAACUGUAAGGGUAUUUGAUGGCACCAACAAAGUUGUGCACAGAUUUCUCGACAUGUGCACCACAAGUGGAAGAAGCUGUGGCACAGCUGAUGUCAUCUAUAAAAAAAUCCACGACGUCCUGGUAGAACACAAGAUACCGUGGACAAAUUGUGUUGGCCUGUCAGUUGACAAUGCCCCAGUUGAUAUUGGAGCCACAAAUUCAAUUGCUUCAAAAAUGCUUAAGGAAAACCCCAGCAUUUACAUUCAUGGAUGCCCCUGCCAUAUAAUGCACAACACUGCUAAACACGCAGGGAAGAGGUUUUUAGAAAUAUCUGGAUUUGACGCCGAGGACCUUGUGGUUGAUGUUGGAUACUGGUUUAAGGGCUGCACAAACCGUAAAGGUUACUUGACAGAAUUUUGUGAACUCCAUGGGAGUGACUACAUGGAAAUGCUGCUGCACAUUCCGGUGAGGUGGCUCGGCUUGGAAAUGUGCAUCACCCAAAUCCUGCGGCAGUACGGCCCACUCACCAGCCAUUUCAAAUCUUUGAACGAGAAACAACCAAGGUUCAGGAGGCUGGUGGAGGCGUUUUCAAACAGCCUGACGGAAGUUUACCUCCAGUUCCUUCGGGCCACUUUCCCCGUGUUCACCACACUCAACCUCCUUCUCCAGAGAGAGAAAUCUUCCAUUUUCCAGCUGCAUGAAGAGAUGACGACAUUCAUCAGGAAGCUGUGUUCAAGGUUCAUGGCACCAGCAGCACUUCGAGGAAACGUCCUGGACAUCCCCUACAAGGACCCACAACACCAACUGCCAGGAGAAAAACUCAACGUGGGUUUCACCACCAGAGGGACAUUAAACAGGUUCCUUGAGGCUGGAGAUGUUUCCUCAGACCAGGCACAACAAUUUCAUCAGGCAGCACUGGCCUUUUUGGUCGGGGCUGUGGAUUACGCCAUGGCAAAGCUGCCACUGAAAGACGCUCUCCUGAAGCAUGCCAGAUUUGUGGAUGUGCAGCUGAGAGCCGAGUGUGGGGUUGAAGACGUCCUAUACUUUGUCCACAGGCAAGGAUUUUCACAUACUGAUUAUAUAUUGUUAAGUUUAAUGGUCAUGCUCACAAAACAAAUCUGUUUCUCACUCACUGUAUUCUAA